GAGGAAGCCAAACCGGCCAAGAGAGGGCGACGAAGCAAUCCCAAAGUCAAGACAGGGUGCUUGAACUGCAAACAACGACGCAUAAAGUGUGAUGAGAAGCGUCCGGCCUGCUCGCAAUGCAUCCGCAGCAAAAAAGAGUGCGUCGGCUACCCGCCCCCCAGCAGAACCGCCAGAUCUGCCGCCGCCGACGUCCGCAUUGCGCCAAAGCCUCUGGCUCCUCCGCCGGCCGGCAUGCCGCGUCUCCAACCGGCGCCGAGCGGCAUGGCGGGCAUGGCGGGCGCCUCAACCACGGCCAGCCUCCUCCUGACCGGCCACACGAUUCUGCUGCCGCCGCGCAGGGCAAAUCGCCGCAAGCGCCAGGCCAACAACCCCGAGAUGGCCGGCGGCGCGAUGCCGAUGCCCCUGCUGUAUGAGCCGUCGCAUAGCCUGGCCCUGAUGCACACCGAGAGCCUGUACUUUGACCUCUUCCGCGUGCAGACGGCGUCGGAGCUGUCUGGAUACUUCAACAUGAACUUCUGGACGCAGCGUCUCCUCCAGGAGUGCCAUUUUGAGCCUUCCAUCCGGCAUGCCGUCGUUGCUCUCGGCGCCCUGUAUAAGACGCUUGAGCAGUCGUGCGAGCCUGAUUCGGCAGCCCUCCCCGGUGCAAUGAGCCGAAUGGAGUCUGUAAUGUGUCACUGGCAAGUCGCCGUCAGGAAGUAUUCAGAGGCCUGCAACGCCAUGCUGCUCCUCAGCGGGGACAAGAUAUCAACCAACAAGACCCGGCUGAUGGCCAGCGUGCUGCUGGCCUGUUUCGACUCCUUCAUCGGCGACCACAGGCAGGCCAUUGUCCAGAUCCAGACGGGGUUGCGGCUUCUGGCCCGUAUUCAGCACGACCGGGCCCGAAAUCCACAUCCGAGCGAACGGGUCGAGGAGGAUCUCCUCGUCAUCUUCACACGAUUCGCCAUCCAGGCCAAGUCAUACGACAUGGCCUUCCACUUCCCCCACCCCUAUGUCAUCGAACUGGGUCCUCAAAGCUUAAACGACCCAUCUUCUCCUCUUUCAGAUUCAGGCUCACCGCAGCCAUCAAGUCCCAUCCCCCACGAAUUCGCGUCUCUGCGAGAAGCACGCCUUGCUUCCGACCAGCUCUGCGAAAUGCUGCUCCGGUUCAUCGAGCACCUGCAGGCAGCCAGGAGAGAGCCCUCAUACACCCUGCCGCCGUCCUGGCUACAGCUGGGCUCGACGUUUCAGGCUCAGAUCGAUUCCUGGACCAGGGCUUUCGAACCCAUUUUCCAAUCACGACUGCAACCCGGUAUAGACCUCCUGGAGAAAUCAGCCAUCUCAGCGUUGAAGAUGUUCCACAUGAACACCCAGAUCGUAUUCUUGACCAUCUUCUGCAAGACCGAAGUCCAAUUCGACAGCUUCCUCCCGCAUUUCAAAGAGAUUGUCAGCCUCGGAUGGGAAGUCGUCGGCGAUGACGAGAAGCGAGCUGCCCCUGACCGCUGCCCCGAUCCGCAGCGAUGCCAGCAACACCACGACAGCCACCACGGAACAUCCCACACCCACAACAUCAAGCCCAGCUUCUCCGCAGACCUCGGCAUCGUCACGCCCCUCUUCGUCGUGGCCACCAAAUGCCGCGAUCCCAUUGUCCGCAGAGAAUCCAUCCGCCUACUGAGGAGCAGCGCCCGCCGCGAGGGCAUGUGGGACAGCGAGCUGGCGGCCAACAUUGGCCAAUGGAUCAUGGAGCUCGAAGAGGCCGACGCCUUGCCAGACACGCGCCAUUCUCAGCACGACGAUGUCAAGAUUCGAGUAGUAACCCACGCAGGCGAACCGCCGACGACGCCCACGAUCCCCGAGGAAAAGAGAGUCAUGGUGCAGUCUGUCGACUUUGAUCUGCGCGCCCGAUUUGCCGACCUGACGGUGGGCUCGCGAGAUGCGCGCCAAGGGAUGCAUGACCAACGACACAGAACAACCCGAAUUACGUGGUGA